GGGGGCGUAGUCUCUUUCUCAGGCGGUCCUUCGCGGCGUCCCCGGGGCCGACUCCCGAGCGCAGGCGAGCAGCCAGGCGGGCGGCGCGGCGCGGGCCGGCAGGAAGCAUAUUCUGGGCACGGGGCGCCGGGCAGGCCGGCUGCAUCGAGCGGCAGUGGUGGAAUACUACCCAAAGCCUCGCGCGGCGCCGCCCGUCGAGGGGCGGGCGGCGGCGGAGCCACUGGGCCGUCGACGGGCGCAGGAGGCCGGUGGGCCGGGCCGGGCCGCGCGGCGCAGCCAUGCCUGGCUUUACGUGCUGCGUGCCAGGCUGCUACAACAACUCGCACCGGGACAAGGCGCUGCACUUCUACACGUUUCCAAAGGACGCUGAGUUGCGGCGCCUCUGGCUCAAGAAUGUGUCGCGUGCCGGCGUCAGUGGGUGCUUCUCCACCUUCCAGCCCACCACAGGCCACCGUCUCUGCAGCGUUCACUUCCAGGGCGGCCGCAAGACCUACACGGUACGCGUUCCCACCAUCUUUCCGCUGCGCGGCGUUAAUGAGCGCAAAGUAGCGCGCAGACCCGCUGGGGCCGCGGCCGCCCGCCGCAGGCAGCAGCAGCAACAACAGCAGCAGCAGCAGCAGCAGCAGCAGCAACAGCAGCAGCAGCAGCAGCAACAGCAGCAGCAGCAGUCGUCACCCUCUGCCUCCACUGCCCAGACUGCCCAGCUGCAGCCGAACCUGGUGUCUGCUUCGGCGGCCGUGCUUCUCACCCUCCAGGCCGCUGUAGACAGCAGUCAGGCUCCCGGAUCCGUGCCGCCGGCGCCCAUCACUUCCACUGGAGAAGACGUGAAGCCCAUCGACCUUACAGUGCAAGUGGAGUUUGCAGCCGCAGAGGGCGCAGCCGCUGCGGCCGCCGCCUCGGAGCUACAGGCUGCUACUGCAGGGCUGGAGGCUGCCGAAUGCCCUAUAGGCCCCCAGUUGGUGGUGGUAGGGGAAGAGGGCUUCCCUGAUACUGGCUCCGACCAUUCGUACUCCUUGUCGUCAGGCACCACGGAGGAGGAGCUCCUGCGCAAGCUGAAUGAGCAGCGGGACAUCCUGGCGUUGAUGGAAGUGAAGAUGAAAGAGAUGAAAGGCAACAUUCGCCACCUGCGUCUCACCGAAGCCAAGCUGCGCGAAGAACUGCGCGAGAAGGAUCGGCUGCUUGCCAUGGCUGUCAUCCGCAAGAAGCACGGAAUGUGAACUGUUUCCCUGGCGGCCUGCUGGACUCCCAGACCCCAUCCAGCCCAGAGGACUGCAGGCCACUGUUGAACUCCUCUAUACUCCUGGGGCACUGGUCGACAGUACUGAGGCUUAAGGCAACUGGACUCUCUUACUGGUGACCUGGCACCCUCAGUUGUUUCCUCCUGAAGUGGAAGCUGGGGCCUUAGACUCUGCCCUGGUGACACCAGCAAUUAUGACUUUGUCUACCCUUCCUCCCCAGUUAUUGUUGCAGAUUUUGGUUAAGCAGAGGCUUCAAAACCACUGAACUUGAAACUUACCUUUUAGGGAUGCAGGUGGAAUGUCCAGGGACUAUGGGUUUGGGAAAACCAUACUUUAAGGUUGGUCAGCAGUCAGACAACUCUAAUGUGUGUAGUGAUAAGAGAUUCAAGUAACAUCACUUCUCCUUUUCAUGCUUUUCCUUCCCAGGUAGAGCCUGUGAUUCUGACGGGGACUGGUAAAUCUGUGCUUUUGCCUCCUAGGACUUCUUUCCCCAGCAGGCCAUUUAGAAGGGGAUCUGGGUGACCUGCUGAUGGAGGUCCAGCUUGCCAGGGACUUAGGUUUAUCCUGUUUUGUUUGCUACUGGUUACAAAUUCUAUUUUCUGUACAAUUAGACUAAAGUUUUCACUGUGUUUGUUUGGCAAAACAAAUUAAACAAAAAGUAAGGUUUUUA